AUGACUUCUCAGAAUUCUUUCCAGCCCCUGAGCGACGACAUGGAACUGGCGUCAUCCAGCUUCAUGGAAGACAGCUUCUUCGAUUUCAAUGGCGCUUCUUCUGACUGCAAUAUACCCAUUGCCGAUUCGAGCGAUGACCUGCCACCCAGCUUUGCUGAGGAAGCGUUCUGGGGCGACUUGGAGGAGCUCCCUCAGCUCGAGCCUUCUACGAGUCAGAACAGCUUCUUGGACUCCUUCGCAUCGGAGGACACCUUCAGCAGCUUCCAGAGCGACAUGUCGCUCUGGACUGUGGAGGUUCCCAGCGAAGAGCUUGUUGACACUCAGUGCGACUGGCCGUCCUCACCUCCAACAAAGACUUCUGAUCUACCAAUGGUAGACACAAGCACCACAACACCGCCUGUACCCCAGGCUACUGAGCCUGCUCGAGUCCAAUCAUCAGAGCAGCCAGUGGGUGCAAUUGAAGCUUUGUGGGGACCUAUCCUGAGUUCCAGUCCACAGCAGCCUGCUCUUACUCCUCCAACCAGAAAGGAGCCACUACCAAAGAUGAAGGCCACAAAGAUGAUCAAGCAGAAGUCGACACCUAAGAAGAAGACUCCCAAGAAGCGCGCCACCCCCACGCGACGCUCUACAGACCGCUCCAUGAAAGACCUCUACAACUCAACAUGGGCCAGUCUUACCGACGAAGAAAAAGGCCGUCUCCUCCUUCCUCUCCUCCAGGGCAUCGACCCAAACACAAGCAAGAAGAUCACCGAAGCUGGUACCUUGCUGUCGCCCCCAGACUAUGAAGCCAUCGGCGCAAACACUCACGUCGAUAUCACUCAGUCUCCAUAUCCGAAUACAAACCUCGUUUCAAGCAGCCCGUCCGCUUCCACUGCCCACAACGCCGACUUUGCCGUGGCAAUCCCUGAGUACCUUCCGUACAUCAGUGACACCACGUCUUUCGAUGACAUCAAUCUCGGCGCUAUCGAGGCGUUCAACAGGGGCGACACAUGCGCUACUGAUGCAACGGGCGAGUUUGGCAUUGACACCACGGGUACAGUUGGUGAAGGGCUCGGCGGUCCCUGUGGCAAUGGUAUCAUUGGCGGCCCGAUAGAGAUGCCUGCUCAUCCCUCCGUGUAUGGAAGUGCCCGCCAGCAGGAGGCGCUUGAGCGCAAUACUAUGCUGCGCGCACAGGGUCGUCGUCGCUAG